UGUCCUCCAGGUCAGGAGCGAUUUGGGAACAUGACGCGAGUGUACUACAAAGAGGCUGUGGGGGCAUUCGUGGUGUUCGAUGUGACAAGGGGCUCCACGUUUGAGGCGGUGUCUAAGUGGAAGCACGACCUGGACAGCAAGGUGAAGCUGGCUAAUGGCAGCCCCAUCCCCUCAGUUCUGCUCGCCAAUAAAUGCGACCAGAAGAACGACAGCUCCAACAAUACAACCCUAAUGGACAAUUUCUGCAAAGAGACCGGCUUCCUGGGCUGGUUUGAAACCUCAGCAAAGGACAACAUCAACGUGGACGAGGCAGCACGUUUCCUGGUUGAGAAUAUCUUGGCUAACGACAAAGGUUUGCCAUACGAGGAGAGCAAUGGAGACCGGAUCAAACUGGACCAGGAGACUGUGGCUGCUGAGAGCAAGUCUGGCUGCUGCUGACACUAAAUCCAUUCAUAUUAGCCAUCCGCCUCCUUUGGCAGGGUCUGACCCGGCACCCGGCCUGUGGCUCUCAGCCCUCUACUGCAGCCUCUCUGAGGAAUAUCAAUUAAUGGGUCUCCAAAGCUCCAGGAUCUUCUCCUCUCUGCACUGAUGCCCGUUUGCCCUGCACACCCAUAGUUGUUUUCACUAGGCCAGAAUAGAAGCCCAAUUUUAUCUUAAUCUUGUCACUGUCUCUGUAGGGCUGUUUCCUUCUUUGUUGACACUCCUAAACCACCACUUCUUUAUUAUUGUGUUUAUCUCACUGCAUAUUUCCCUAAUGGUUUAUUCCACCACCAACUUUAAAUCCUACCCAGCCCUCCACACUUGGACCCUGCUACUCCUCCAGUUGCCCUGAUAGCCUCUGAAGCCCUGGACUAUACCAUGCUUGAAAGGGGCUCAAACUGAGCAAAACUCACAAAAAACAAACUACAAAACCACCUGUAGCCUCUCGAUUUUUGUCUCUUUGGUUUUUCACUGUCGGUAUCAUUGUCAUUCAAUAUUUUUCUGUGAGACAAGUCCCUUUUGUGCUCGUGGCACACGUAUGUUUGUGUUUCCAGCUGUUCUACUACUGUAUGAAAAAGAAAGCAGACAAAAUGCACGGUUAAGCAUUAUCAAAGAGUGGUUGUAUCUCAUAUUUAAUUAAUUGUUGGCUUGAUUUAAUAAUUUCUGUAAAAAAAUCAGCGAUGUUAAUUAGAGCAGAACACUUUGUUGUUUACUCAAACUUUUACAAAGACAAUACAGUAUAAUAAUCUAAUUGUGGUACUAUAUGAGACACGGUCUUUUCACCAGCAUAAACAUUUAGAUUUACUGCAUGUUUUUUUCUUUUUAUUGUUGGGUCAUACAUUGUCAUGCAACUGUCAAAUGAAAUAUCAGAAAAACAGAAUGUAAUGGAGGACUUCACUUUCUGGUACAUUAAAGUGUUCAGAUUAAAAACCUGAAAUACUUUUUAAACACUGUGUUGAGAUAAAGUGUGUAUGUAAAAAUACUUUAAAUAUAAAAGACCAAAAUAGAAUAAACAUUUUAAAAUAUUGUUGUCUACCGGCGAUAGUCUGUUCACAUCUAUUUGUGUAAUAUAUUUAAAUGAGUUCAUCCACUGUUUUAUUUUAUUUUUGUCCAUGUACAAAAAACUGGAGCAGUUUUGCUCUUGCUCAACAUUCACCAAAUAAUAUAGUGUACAUUUAAUCAUAUAAUCUUCUGUGAACGAAAAUGAAUAAAUAAGUUGCACCACG